UUAGAGGGCCACGGAAAUGGCUGGCUUCUGAAUUGAAGACUCCAAAUUUCAUAAACCCUUCGUGGCCUCGUGCUUCUUAAAACCCAAACUAAUUUGCUCUCGCCUUCUGUCACUCUCUCCCUCCAAUCCAAAAAAUGAACAUUCUUUUCCCCAAUCCCCUUAGUCAGCUCUCAAAAUCUGCUUCGCAGAAAAUGUUUACGCAUUUCUUUUGCACAAGAUCACCAAAAUCCCUCGACCGAUCUCACCCUUCAAACAAUCUUUACAAAAGAAUUUCACCUCUGGGUGAUCCAAAAAUCUCAGUGGUGCCUGUGCUUGAUCAGUGGGCUGCCGAAGGAAGACCUGUCCACAAAGAAUAUCUAGAGAGCAUCGUAAAGGAAUUGAAAGCAUACAAAAGAUACAAACAUGCCCUCGAGGUAUCACGGUGGAUGACCGAAAAAAGAUACAUGCCUUUGAGAGAGCUGGAUGUUUCCAUUCAAAUUAAUUUGAUUCACAGAGUACAUGGCUUGAAGGAAGCUGAGAACUGUUUCAAUAAUGUCAGUAGUAAGCUAAAAGGCUUUAAUGCUCACAUAGCCCUCCUUAACUGCUAUGUCCAUGAAAAAUCAGUGGAAAAAGCAGAGGCCUUAAUGCAGAAAAUGAGGGAAAUGGGGUAUGCUAAUUCACCACUACCCUACAAUCUCAUGAUGAAUCUCCAUUAUGGCUUGGGAAACUAUAAGAAGCUAGAUGAUCUAAUGAAUGAAAUGGAAGGAAGGGGAAUUAAAUUUGACCCAUUCACCCUCACCAUCCGGUUAAGUGCUUAUGCGGCUGCUUCUGAUGCUGAAGGUGUAGAUAAAAUUGCUAAGAUGAUGGAAAUUGAUCCGCUGAUUGUUCCAGACUUUAGUGUCUAUGCUGUUGUAGCCCAGGGGUACUUAAAAGUUGGUCAGUUGGAUAAAGCUUUGCCAAUUUUGAAGAAAAUGGAGGAAUUAGCAGUAACCACAAGGAAAGGAAAAUUUCCGUAUGAUUUCCUGCUCAAAUUGUAUGCUGGAAUGCAGAGGAGAGAUGAUGUGCUCCGAAUAUGGGAAAUGUACAAGCAAAAACAGAAGAUCAAUAACAAGGGUUACAUGACCAUGAUGAGCUCACUACUGAGCUUUGGCGAUGUUGGAGGCAUUGAGGACAUCUUUAAAGAAUGGGAAUCGAGGGGAUUAUCCUAUGAUUUUCGGGUUCCAAAUGUUUUGAUACAUGCUUAUUGCAGAAAUGGGGAAUUGGAGAAGGCUGAGGCCCUUAUAGACAAGGGGUUAUCAGAAGGGGGUGAACCUUUUGCAACAACAUGGUUUUAUAUGGCACUUGGAUACAUAAAGGAUAAUCAGAUUUCAAAAGCUGUGGAAGCAUUGAAGAAGGCAAUCUUGAAAUGCCCUCCUGAUCACAAGCCUAAUACAGAAACAUUGAACACCUGUCUGGAACAUAUGGAGAGGGGGGAUGUGGAAAAGUCAGAGGAGUUCAUAAAGCUUAUAAAGAAAGAGAGCUUAUGUUCACUGGCUGUUCAAGAUAGCUCCAUGGAUUUUAUCAAGUCUGGUGAAUCUCAAUCUUGAUUGCAUGGCUGAUAUUGAAGAAAUGGCAGCAUCAAGUUUUCAAUUUCUUGAACGGCAUUACAUUAUGAAGAGCAUAUAUAUAAUGAUACAUACACCUUGCUGAUUGGGUUUUCAACCGCUCAUGAUAGCUCAAUUUCAGGUAAUGUUUUCGAGGCUGCCUAGUACAUUUGAUUCAAUUCCUUGUAGUGUCACUUACUGCGGUUAGUCAUCACUCACCAGGUAAAUAUGCAGUUAUUCAACUCUUCAUAUUAUGUUAACAGCCUUGUUGUCACGGCGAAGUGGUUUAGUAGCAACAUAGACUUCACUUUAAGGUGUUUAAGCAGUUAUUUGACCCCUAACUAGCCUCUUGGGGAUCAUAUAUAUUGCUGUUUGAUAUGACACCUUUAUUUUCCGUACUCUAGAUAUCAGAACAUUCCAAGUUAGGUAUGGAAUUGACGCGAGAUAUAUUGUACUUGGGUGGGUUUGACACUUAUCCAAAAAUGAUGAAUUGAAUUUUUAUCAAGUGGUGAACAACUCUUGUACCCCUAGGCGUGGAGGGAUUCUCUCACUGCCUGCCAACACCUGUAUAUCAGAUUUCACAUGGGAGUCCUUGUCAAAUGUUUAAGAGGUGAAUCCUCCUUGCAUGCCCUACAAUGCCCGAUCUGAUUCUUGCAUCUGCCUUCAUCAAUGAACGUGGUACAAUCAACCACUAGUAAUUUCAUUUUAGUCCCUACAUAUCAAGGGCCAAGCUACAGCUUCUUGAUUGGGAUAAGUAGUUUAUUGUACUCUGGUUCGACUCUCAUGGCCCAUGAAAUUAUGUCUCUCAAUUAUGUAAUAUGAAGAAUAUUCAACCUGAAAAAGCUUCCAACCAAGAGAUAACCUGAGAAGGGUAUCAACUUGAUAAUUCAAGAUGUCCUUUUUCCAGCUGAAUCAGCUUGAUGCGUAGCUUACAUCAUUCUGGCAAAUCCAUUAUUCUUAUCCGAAAAUGGAUGCAAUUGUAUCAAAUGCUGACAAUCCAUUUGUCAGACA